GUGUAUUCCUUAUUCCCUACGUCCUGAUCGCCCUGGUCGGGGGGAUCCCCAUCUUCUUCCUGGAGAUCUCACUGGGCCAGUUCAUGAAGGCUGGCAGCAUCAACGUCUGGAACAUCUGCCCCCUCUUCAAAGGCCUGGGCUACGCCUCCAUGGUGAUCGUCUUCUACUGCAACACCUACUACAUCAUGGUGCUGGCCUGGGGCUUCUACUACUUGGUCAAGUCCUUCACCACCACUCUGCCCUGGGCCACAUGUGGCCAUGCCUGGAACACUCGCGACUGUGUGGAGAUCUUUCGCCAUGAAGACUGUGCCAAUGCCAGCCUGGCCAACCUUACAUGUGACCAGCUCGCUGACCGCCGGUCCCCUGUCAUCGAGUUCUGGGAGAACAAAGUCUUGCGGCUCUCGGCUGGGCUCGAGGUGCCUGGGGCCCUCAACUGGGAGGUGACCCUGUGUCUGCUGGCCUGCUGGGUGCUGGUCUACUUCUGUGUCUGGAAGGGGGUCAAGUCGACAGGGAAGAUCGUGUACUUCACUGCUACAUUCCCCUACGUGGUCCUCGUUGUGCUGCUGGUGCGCGGGGUGCUGCUGCCUGGAGCCCUAGAUGGUAUCAUCUACUAUCUCAAGCCAGACUGGUCCAAGCUGGCUUCCCCUCAGGUAUGGAUAGAUGCUGGGACCCAGAUUUUCUUUUCUUAUGCCAUCGGCCUGGGGGCCCUCACAGCCCUGGGCAGCUACAACCGCUUCAACAACAACUGCUACAAGGACGCCAUCAUCCUGGCACUCAUCAACAGCGGGACCAGCUUCUUUGCGGGCUUUGUGGUCUUCUCCAUUCUGGGCUUCAUGGCAACAGAGCAGGGUGUGCACAUCUCCAAGGUGGCGGAAUCGGGGCCCGGCCUAGCAUUCAUCGCCUACCCCCGGGCCGUCACACUGAUGCCCGUGGCCCCACUCUGGGCUGCCCUGUUCUUUUUCAUGCUGCUGCUGCUUGGGCUCGACAGCCAGUUUGUAGGUGUGGAAGGCUUCAUCACCGGCCUGCUUGACCUCCUCCCGGCCUCCUACUACUUCCGUUUCCAAAGGGAGAUCGCCGUGGCCCUCUGCUGUGUCUUCUGCUUUGUCAUCGACCUCUCUAUGGUGACUGAUGGUGGGAUGUACGUCUUCCAGCUGUUUGACUACUACUCCGCCAGUGGCACCACGCUGCUGUGGCAGGCCUUCUGGGAGUGCGUGGUGGUGGCCUGGGUGUACGGAGCUGACCGCUUCAUGGACGACAUCGCCUGCAUGAUCGGGUACCGGCCUUGCCCUUGGAUGAAAUGGUGCUGGUCCUUCUUCACCCCGCUGGUCUGCAUGGGCAUCUUCAUCUUUAAUGUGGUGUACUAUGAGCCACUGGUCUACAACAACACCUACGUGUACCCAUGGUGGGGCGAGGCCAUGGGCUGGGCCUUCGCGCUCUCCUCCAUGCUGUGCGUGCCCCUGUACCUGCUGGGCUGCCUUCUCAGGGCCAAGGGAACCAUGGCAGAGCGCUGGCAGCACCUGACCCAGCCUGUCUGGGGCCUCCACCACUUGGAGUACCGAGCUCAGGACACGGACGCCAGGGGCCUGACCACCCUGAGCCCGGUGUCCGAGAGCAGCAAAGUCGUUGUGGUGGAGAGUGUCAUGUGACGCACCCCACCCACCUCACCAGCUCCCCCUCUGGUAGCCAUAGCAGCCCCUGCUUGAGCCCCACCCACCCGUGGGGGGGGCUGCCUUUCCCUGACAUGGGGGGGGCUGCCUGGGGGGAGGGGAAGACGCACCGUGAGUGCUAAAAUUUUUUCCAUUUUUAAUAAAACACCAAAAAUAUCACAACCCACCAAAAACAGAUGCCUCUCCCCCUGGCCCUAGCCAAGCUGGUUCCCUGCACUGCCCCCCGGGCCCCACCUCCUCCCCAUGCCACCACUGUAACCGCCUCCUGAGGCUCUGCGCUGUGACACCUUCAGGUGGCCCCCCAGCCUGCUGGUAGCAGUGGCUGCUUGGGGAAGAGGAGGGUGGGCGCAGGAGGGGAGGGGAGACCAGCGGUUCCCCACACCUGUUUGAAAGCUUCGAGAGCCAACCAGCAACCAGCAAGGGAACCCUCGUUCCUGCGCCAGUUGCCAGUCACCGCCACCUGGUGUGAGCUUGGGUCAGAGUGUGUGUGCGUGCGUGCGUGCGUGCGU